AUGACUUCAGUCGAGCCCAUCACUGGAAAGGAGAAGCCGAAAGAUUCUCUUCAAGAAGAAUUUUUCACAAUCGAAGAUGUUAUCGACAAAACUGUGAACAAACUGAACUUUAGGCUUGCUUUCAUCUUCUGGGCCGCACUCAGUACGGUUUUCAACGCAGGUGCUGUAACCGACAUGACGGUGAUGACUGGAAACAUACCCUAUAAAGACUGGACAUGCUCUUCGAAAAAAUGCACCUCUCUCUAUGCAGCAGCUUCCGACAAAGAAACCUUCUUCUCUCAACAGACGAUGUGCGACAACGACUUUAUUGCUGGGAUAGAUUUUCAUUGGGCCACAAAAAAGACGACUUUCACAACGGACUGGAAUAUCUACUGCAAGAACGAGGCGAAGCUGUCUACAAUAUCUGGAGUAUAUUUUUUUGGUGGAAUCUUUGGAUUGUUAUGCUCAACUGGAAUCUUCGAUAGGAUAGGUCGCAAAAAAGGAGCACUUUUAGGAAGUGCUAUUACCACACUGGCUACUGCAGCAAGCGCUGUUGCCCCCAACUACGAGGCCCUGCUCGUAUUUAGGAUAAUGUCUGGGUUUGGUCUGAUGAUCAGCUACACAGGAACCUACUGUUGGAUCAUUGAAUUUGCCCCUACAAACCUCCGGAACAUAGCAAGUGGGUUCUACCCAAUGGGCUGGUCUAUAAGCUCUCUUAUUUUUGCGCUUCUUGGGUACUUGAUUGACAAAUGGCAGCAUAUAUACCUAGCUACAGCUGGAAUUUGCGCGUUCAGCACUAUCAUGCUUAUCGUGAAUCCUCUUCCAGAAUCCCCUAGGUUUCAUUUGGUCCGAGGUGAGGAAAAAGAAGCGAAAAAAUGUCUGUUGUCGUUUUUCCAGGCUACUGGUAACCGCUUCUCCUUUGAAGGUGUAAAUCUAAUUUACGAGAAAAGGGUGCAAAAUUAUUUCAAACAGGUCAGUGAUUUUAAGAGAUAUCCGGCUAUGCUAAAGAGGACUCUUCUCUGCAUGCUAUGCUGGUUCUUCGUCUCAAUCAUAGGAUUUGCAUACACUUUUGGUUGGAGCAAAAUUGGGAGUAAUCUUUACACCAGCUACUUACUUGGUGCGCUAGGAGGAUCUAUUGGGAACGUUUCUUCGAUAACUGCUUGCAAACUUCUUGGAAGAAAAGGAGCCACAAUUUUCUUUUUCGGAGGCAUAGCUGUAUUUAACUUCAUAGCCAUGGUACACGUGCAGUUUUCGGAGUCCUGGACGCUGGAAUAUGUUGCCAGUUUAAUCGGCAGUAUAUCUGGAUCAGCGGCGUUCGCCAUGGUCUAUUUGUACACAGGAGAACUAUCUCCGACCUCUCACCGUGGCAUGAUAAUGUGUUUGAGUUCCAGUAGUGCCAGGGUUGGCAGUUUCCUCGGACCCUAUGUAAGUCUACUGUACGGAGUUACUGAUAGGAGGGUCCCCCUGGCUUUGUUUGCCGGUUUGGCUUUCUGUGGGUGUUUGGUUUCGUUCUUCCUGCCUGAUACUACUGGAGUUGCUAUUCCCGAAACCCCCAAAGAUAUCAAAGAUUAG